UCCGAAUGACAAUUGACAGAUCUAUUUCAUAUAGGCCUAGCUUCCUCCGUAAUCCAUGUGAUUGGAUCACCAAGGGCCAGAGAAAGAAUAACCGGACUUUUUCUUUUUAUAUAGUGUGUUUUGAAUAUAUUCUAAAUUACACAAUUGUUCAAUUUAACAGAUGGUUCUAGCGAGGAAAGCGUUGCAGCUCUGUGUUAUCAUUAACCGGGUAAAGAUUUUAAUCUUACAGGAAGAAGAUCAUAUACUGUGAGAUAAAACUAUAAAAUGGAAGAAGUAAAUGCCAGUGUUGGAAACCAUAAAAAGCCAUUAGUGGAACAACUUAAUGAUGAAUUUACAGACGCAGUUUUACCUGUUACUGUUUUUGUUGGAAUAGAGGUGGUCCUAGGGUUUUUCGGAAAUGUUCUGGUGAUAUACGUAUUUCUAUUUCGUUACCAUGUGUGUAACUUUAGAUAUUUUGUACUUUGUUUGGCGUUUAUUGACAUUACGAGUACGUUGACCACAAUGCCGGGCGAAAUGGUAACGCAUCUAUACUGGUAUGUAUAUCCUGUGGAUGAAGUUUGCAAAGUGAAAUCAUUCUUUAACAUGUUUACGGUAGUCGCGGAGGCUUUGAGCCUGUUAACAAUUGCAAUAGACCGCUACAGAAAGGUCUGUCAACCAUUUGGUUGGCAGAUAAAGCCAAACAGUGCUAAAAUCAUCUGCUUAAUAAUAUACAUUGUCGCUUUCAUACUGGCUUUGCCAGUUUCUUUUCUAUGGGGUAUAAGUUUUCAUAAAAAGAUUUAUAAAGGAGUUACAAUCACCACGACGGUCUGUGAGACCGGUGAGGAAUACCAAAAUACUAAACAUCCUAUAGAGUACUCAGUUACCAUGGAAGCAAUACUAUCAAUAAGCUUGAUUGCUAUGUUUGUCCUAUACAUGUUUGUUGCAAGAACACUUAUGAGAACUAAAAAGAAGGAACCCGUGUCGACUGCUGUUCAACAAGCAAGCUCUUCAUUAACAGAUGGUUCUUCUUCCAAUGCAGUUGAAAUUAAAGAGCAACCGGUAUGCAGUGACACUGGCUACUCCUCAAGUACAGCAAGUGAACAACAGAAACAUCAAAGUCGACAACGUAAAGAACAAUCACCAAAGGGUAUCAAAUCAGUUUCACCCGAACCAACAAAAACUACAACUGAAACAGAUUUGUCUGAAACCAGUAAGGAAAAGAAUCCUUCCUCUUCUUUUGCCUUGAAAAACUUUUCCACAGUGGGAUAUUCAGACGAUGGGCUUACCACUGAUGAAGACGGGGGAUUAACAACGGAUGAAGAAGAUUCUGGUAAACGGCAACAUGUGUUUAGUAUAACUACUAAACGAGGACAAUCAAGGUCAAGAAAAUCUACGAAAACAUGUGUCAGAACCAAGAGAAUGCGACGAAAAACUUUGAUCAUGCUUGUUUUAACUGUGAUAUUUAUGGUCACUACUGUACUGUACCUUACGCUCCUGUCAUUUAUCGCGUUGCCAGCCGGUGUUUUAGAAAACAUGAGUCAUACUGAGAGGGCAGUCUAUUUCCUGUUCUUUCGUUUUUACUUUAUCAAUCAUGUGAUCAAUCCUGUUGUUUACGGACUGCUUGAUCCCAAGUUCAGACAGUUGUUGAAGAAAACGAAAUCUUGAAUACAAAACUUUGAGAGAGACAAGUGCUAUUCUCCAGGCCUAAUCAUUCUCGGUUUAUUAUGCUUAAGCUGUUGUUACAUGGAAUAUAUUGGAGAAAAAGAAUUAUGUUUCUCCCCGAUUAAGAUCAAUACGUUAUCUACGGAGUGAAUACUAGAAGCAGUAUUUUAAAACAUGAAACUCUACAUACGCUUUUAUUUCUAUUGACGAUUUUAUUUCAUAUAAUCCGUGUUUGAUUUCUACAAAGACAGAUAAUCUAGCAAUAUAUCUUCAGAGGAUAAUUGUUUGUUUUAAUGUAAGAUCGAAAUAUAUUUCACCGAGUGAACACUAUGAUGCAAUAUUUUCACGAGUGGCGCAGCCACAAGUUAAAAUGUAAAUUAUGGUGUUUACGAGUGAAAUAUAUUUCGAUCUUACACUGAAACAAACAAAUUUUCUAUUUAUUUUAUGCAUUUUAAUGUUUUUAACAAAAUUAUAUUCAGUUUGUCCGCGCAACGUCACAUGCAUCGCAUCAUAACGUCAUAAUGUCUAUUACAUAAAUGUUCUAUUACGUUUCCUGAAUUCUUUUACAUUUCAUUAUUAUAAAAUAUAAAUAUCUAUGGUCCUUUUAUUAUUUUUCAUACAUCUUUAACUUUAUUGAAGAAUAUUUUGCAAGGAAAUUCCUAUCAUUUAUAAUUCAUAUCAUUUCGCUUUCAAAUGUAGUUCCGUACCAGUGCAAAAUAAAAAUGAUAUUUUCACUGUUUGAAACAGUGAAAAUAUCAAUUUUAUUUCACUGCUAAAUUUCAGUAUUUCACAGAAGAGCAUAAAAUAAAAUACGUUUAUUUGAAAGCAUGUGUCAGGGUCAUUUGUCUGCAAGGAAAUGUUUUAGAUUAAGUUCCUGUUAGAGUUUUGAAUCUGCAGUUUUCAAAUAAAAAUGUCAGUUACCUUUAUUGCAAAUGUGUUAAUCCCAGAAAGCUAUAUAUCUGAUAACAUGAAAAUAGUAAAGGUUAACCGUUGUACAAGAAAGAUAUAGUAAUACUGAAACAGGCAAUAAUAGAUCAGUUAGUAUUUAAAUGUUGUAUUUAUUUUGUAUCUGUUUAUACACAACAAGAGAACAUUUUAGUUGGCAGUAAUUUAUAGUACGAAUAACAGUCUAGUUUAAGAUAUUCUUGUUGUACUGACACCGGUCUUGUCUACCUCAUGAACUAUAUCAUGAAUUCUUAGUAUUCUACCAAGGACCACAAUGGAAUAAAACCAUCCAGGUUUCCAUGGGCAAUCCAAAGUUAUUGCAUAUCAUUAUAUACAUGCAUUUAUUACAUGACUUUUAUAUAAAUCGGCAGUCCUAUGCUUAUGCUAUUGAUCGGUCUGUAAAUUUACUAAAUUCUGCUGGGCUAAAGUCAAAACAUAAAAAAUAUGAAAACUUAUUUCUAAUGUCAUGUAAUAAAACACUUACUGGAUGACUGACUUGCAAGUCAACUGUGAAAACUAUUUGGCUGGUAAGCCUUUCAAUAAACGUUCAGAAUUAAAAAUACAUGUAUAUUUUUAUUCAAUAAAUUGUGUGAUCAAAA